GCGCCGGCCCGGGCAUGGCAGCGGCGCCCCGCGAGCCGCAGGGUUAGGGGGGUCCCAGCCAUGGCGGAGCUGGGCGAGGCCAAGCGGCCGGAGGCGGGCGAGGACUGGUGCGACAGCGGCCUGGGCUCGCUGAGCGAGGGGCAGCUCAGCCAGAUCCAGGAUGGCCUGGGGGCCCCCCCGCACCCCCCCGUGACCUCUGACCCCGGCCCCGGGGGGCGCCCUCUGACCUCUGACCCCGGCGGCCCCAGGACCCCCGACUCCUGCGGGUCGGGCUGCGAGCGGCUGGACUCCGCCCUGGGCGAGGAGGAGGCCGGCUGGGGGGCGGCCGCGGGGCGGGCGGUGGGGGCGAUCACCCGGGGCGUGGAGGCCGUGCGGCUCGGGGAGCCUGCGGCCCGGGCUGGCGAGACGCCGGCGGUGGCCCCCGAGGCCUGGCUGCACCACGUCCUGGGCUUCGUGACCGAGGACGGGGACACAGCCCUCCACCUGGCUGUGAUUCAUGAGCAUGAGGCCUUCCUGGAUUCUAUCCUGCAAUACACGGCCGGGACGGAAUACUUGGAUCUGCAGAACGACCUGGGCCAGACGGCACUGCACAUUGCAGUCAUCCUUGGCGCCUCCAACUUUGUCCGCAAGCUGAUGGCAGCCGGGGCGGGGCUCUGCAUGCAGGAGAAAGCUGGCCACACAGCGCUGCACCUGGCAUGCCGGGAGGGCUGGCGGGACUGUGCACAGUGGCUCCUGGCAUCGCUGAGCGGGCACAGGGCUGGCGAGGGGAAUGACGCCUGCGCUCAGUUGGACUGCACCAAUUAUGAUGGUUACACGCCGCUGCAUGUGGCUGUCCUGCGGAAGGACCUCGAAGUGAUCAAGCUCCUUGUGGGUGCCGGAGCCGAUCUCAACAAGGCGGAGCUGAGCUGUGGGCGGAGUCCCCUCCACUUGGCGGUGGAGUCGCAGAGCCCGGAAGUUGUGGAGUGCCUGCUGCGCGCUGGAGCAGACCCGCGGGCCCGGAUGUACGUCGGUUACACCCCCAUCUAUAGCGCUGUGCACCGGCCCAACCAAAAGAUCUUGCAACUGCUCCGGGAGUUCGGCUCGGAGGAGCCCGACUGGGAUUCGGAGGAAAGCCUGGCUGACAGCAGCGACGAGGAAUAUGAUGACAUCGUCAUCAACAGUGGACACUAUAAGAACUGACUGGGCCGGGCUGGCAUCACCUGCAGCGUGAGCCGUUACCCAUCUCCAUAAAAGACUCGCGUCCUGCUCUGCUGCUGUGGGAAUAAAUUUGGCAAUGGUUCAAUCUCUCCGUUCCAGCUAUUUAUCCAAAAGCUGCAGUCUCUGACAAAGCUCAGUAUAAAGCUCCUGCUACUUGGAACCGGCAGCCAACGUUCACCAGAGCUUUGAUCUAAUCUGUUUAUUUUCCCUUCACUUGUUCGUUUUCUUCUGUGUUUUAGUUUAGUCAGUUUAUAUUGAAUUAUUUUGAUUACAUUAAAAUAAAAUGGUAUUUCGGCACCUGCUGCUGAUUGCAGUCGCAGCUGGGCUGGAUCGUCAGCAGGAUUUCUCUGCUUGCUGUAUCCUUUGCCCUGUUGAGCCUCUGGCCGUUUGCUUUUGAAGCGGGAGCGUCAUCCCUACCCGUGCAAGAGGUCUUGCUGGAGUCCACGGAUGCUGGUCCCAUAACCAAGCAAUUCGGGUCAGUGGGGAGCUGCACAGAAUGGAGUGCAUUUCCAGCGGCUUUUAGCUGCCUUUGAAACCCCUUGGGCCUGUUUGCUUUUAUCUUGAGAAGCAGUGAACCCCACCUUACUCCAGCUGGAUUUAGUACUUGGUGCUGGAUUCUUUUUAGCUGCUUCCAUCUAAGCACCUAACUGAGGCGGAUGGAUUGAGCACUGGGCUCCUCCCCUGGCUGUAAGAACGAGGGUGAGUGAGUGCUCUUGAAAAUCUGGGCCUCUGCUAGCAUUUAGGAUAUGCAGGGCAAUAGUUCUGACGCAGGGUAGGAGAAUCGAAACAGGCAGAGUGGGGGAGAAGUUCACAGGGUGGGAGGAGCAGAUGAGGCCAGUGGGAAGAAUGGGUGGGGGGUCUGUUCUGAGCAGAGUGAGGAAGAGGAGGGAAGAGAGGGCAAAGAGUGAGACCUUUUAGAUCUCAAAGGUGGGGGUGUGAGGUAAGAAAGAGUCAGGGUGUGUUUGGAGCUGUCUGAUUUGGGUCAGACGUGGAGAAAGAGGGACUGCGUCUGUGCCGUCUGGUGUAGGAACAGGGCCUCUCUUGUCCCUGGCUAAUCUUUGCUUCUUCUAAGCAGCUCUGCCAGUACUGCAAGGUGGGGCCAUCUUCAUUCCUUUCCCUGAGGAGUCGGUUUUCUUCCUCUGUGCCCGUCGACUGGCUGUAAAGCCUCGUUCGUGCUAUACUUGGCUCAGGGUGUCAACAGGGUCUCUUCUGGAGCUGCGCGGGAAGUAGUUUUCCCAUCUUCUUAACGUUUUUGGAGAUCAAAACAUUUGCCUGCCCCAAAAUUGGGCUAAAAACUCCCAUCUCCACCUUUUCUGAGCAGAAAGUAAUUCCAGUUGAGGCAUUAGAUUUUGAUCGUUUUGUAAGUCUGAAUUCAUUCAUUUCAAAACCAGAAGUUGUUUUGACUCCAAAACUGGAACUUUCCGUGUUAAAACAGGACGUUUCACUGGUUUUAAACUCCCACUGCCCUCCCAGUGUUUUGAACUGAGCAAGUGCGCCAGUGAGGCCCUGGUCACAAGCAGGUUUGGCUUUGACAAAUUGUUGUGGUGUUUUGCCCCCAGAGGUGGGAACGGUUUGUCAGAUUCCCGACAAGCUCUGAUCUUUGCAUCCAAUACCAUGGACCCUCAAUGGAGGCUGGACCACUAGGUGCUGCGCUGUCUGAAAUUGCUUCUGUUUGCUGGGGGGGUAAUUUUGGAAGAGCCGCCCUAAGCAGACCUGAGACUUGAUUUAGAAAGUGGCUGCAUUAGUUACAGAUGGUUUUUCAGUAAGACCCACUUCCUUUCUCCCCUCUUUACCCCCCCCCCCCAUUCCAUUCGAGCUUUGGAAGGGUGCAGGGAGAAAAGAUCUAAUUCUAAACAAAAUCCUCCUGGUUCGAGGAGGCUGCUCUUUCCUCCUUUACAUUCUUCUGCUGCUUGUAAAUGAAAACACAGGCCAAAAUGCAAGGGAAGUUUGGGGCUCUCUGUUUUUUAGGGGGCAGGGAUUAAUCCUCAAGGGCUGAGCACCUUAGCUGACAUCAGUGUGAUCUCAGUACCAGGAGGUGGGUGUGGGCUCAUGAGGUUCUGGAUGUGUCAGGGGGAGCCUGGACUCAGUAGCCUUCCUGGGAAGUGGGGUUGGAUUUUUAGUUCACUUGCCCCAGUGCGAAGGACUGAGGGACCUGACUCUGUUAGAGUCAAUAAUGCUUUUCAAGUGGAGCAGGAUUGAGCCCUCUCGGCCUCCGUACUUAUUUACGAAAGGGCUUGUCUAACACAAGUUGUAGCACUUCAACACCACCUGGCUGUGUGCAGCAGGAGAUGACAAUGGAGGUCAGGCUCAUUGUCCCCAUUUUACAGAUGGGGAAAUGGAGGCACAAUGAGUUGCCCAAGAUCACCCUGCAGGCCAGUGGCCAAAAUGGGAGUCAAACCCAGGUUCAACAAGUCCCUGGUCCAGGGCUCUAUUUGCUAGGCCACGCUGCCUUUGUGUGUCUGUCUAGUUAAAGUUGUAUAGUCCCAUCUGUGGGCAAACAGUUAUACUGACACAAAGGUGCUUUAUUUCCCCUUGGGAAGGGAAAUGGGCUGUACCAAUAUAAGGCACCUCUAGACCAGUCUAACUGUCCACACUAGCGACUGUACUGUCUUGCUAUCAGUAACCCCGCCCGCCCCCACCCAGUGACCUAAUUCUACUGUUACAACAUUGCUACAUGGAGCAGGCCUCAGCCCUGGUGGUCUUGGAAUGGACAGACUGACCCCCAGCCUCCUGAAUAGGCUUUGAUCCGUUGGAUGAGGGACCCUUGUUCAGGAGGCUCCAGUUUAACUCCCAAAAGCAACCUGGUCCCUGGCUGAGUUCUCUAACACCGGGCUGAAAAAACGGCCACAUUGUUCUCCCAGCAGAAGGGAAAUGGCUUUUUCUAUGUAAGCUGGGUCUGUGUCUAGAGACACAGAUCCCACAUAACUCACGUCCAGUGCGUGUGGGUUUUAAGCUAUGUUGUGAGUUUUGUAUGAGCUGUCGUCUAACUUUAUACAGUUCUGUGUCUGUGUGUUUUUUCUCCCCACUCUCUGUAUCGUGUGCGUUCUUGACCAGUGAUGGGGGAUGAGAUUAAAGCUACUGCUUGACCUAUA